AUGUCGGGAGAGAUCCAGGCCGAGCCCACUGAAGAACCUGAGAGGGAAGGAGCUGCGCAGACAUGGACACAUGACACCAAGCAGGCACAUCCUCAGCCAACACCCGCCGCGGGCGCCGAAGCCGCAUCUGGCCUGGAGCUCGAGUCGGUUCGAAACGCGACGGAAAUGCCAUCUCCAAGGGGAAAGCCUGGUGCCUGGGGAGUCAAGGCGUCUUGUCGAGUCAACGCCUUCGGAUGGCCGGGCCGGCUGCAACGCAGUAAGGGAUCCCCUGUCGACCGAAUUGGGCAUGCGUCCAACUUUGCCAUGCUGCCGCUCAGCAAUGCCAUCCGGGCGCGAGCUGUGGCAGUCUCAGACGCUCCCAGGGGCUGCCGAUCACUUGUCGCGGCAACGGCAUGCUCCAUCCACCAACCUCACCCCUUCUGCCGCCAUGACAACAAUGCCGGGCCCGCGGAACUGCCCAAACGGCUGCCGCCAAGAGCGGGCACGACCCUGCCGCAGACGUCAACGGUCGCGUCUCUGAACAGCUCGCUUAGCAUGGGGACCCACGGCCGCAACGGUGUGUCCGCAUGGUGA